AUGUCUUUUCCCUCUGCCGGUCGUGUGCUGAUGAAUUACUGCUUUGACUCUCGGAGUCCUGCCUGCGAGCAACUGCCAGUCCCAAACACUGAUGGCCACUGGUCCUUUUGUUGCGAUCCCCAACAGCCACUCGUCUUAGUAACUUCCACUGCAGCUUCUCAAAGAACAUCGUCCUCCCUUCUUCUUCCUCUUCCCUCUCCUCAGGCUUCAUUCACUCUCUUCCUACCUUUGGUCGCGAGCUUUCCUCUCCCCUUGCAUUGCUUGACUCGUAAUCAGCAAACUCCGCCCUUAUCAUCAAUUGACUCCAAAUUCACCCCUAUCGAUACGCCACUUGCCCGGUUAUCUUUCCGGCUUAUCCACCCGCCGCCCUCAGACGGAUUGUUUGCGAGAGUGCACCCGAUCCCAGCACUCAAACAGCUCGCAGACCACCCAGAGAGCCUGCGCAUAGCUUCGUCUGCUCUCCUCAGUCGGCAUCUCCCCUCGUCCCCACCAAGGUUGGACCUCAGGAACAUCUCGCCACAUCCCACCUCGCCCGCGACUGUUUCACCUCUUUCUCCCUCUCUCAUCGCCCUCCAAGGUCAAACCAUCUACUUUUUAUUCUUAUUUUCUAGCUACCGAGAGCUUUCUCCGCGCAUAUUCCACCCUUCGCUCCUUGCUUAA